AUGAUUAUCUACGAGGACAUCCUUUCCGGAGACGAGAUUCUCUCGGACACCUUCAAGAUCACCCCCGCCAAGGACUGCCCCAUUCUCUGGGAGACUGACUGCCGCAAGUACCUGAAGAAGAAGAACGAGGACUUCGAGCUUGCUGGUGCCAACCCCUCCGCUGAGGAGGCCGGUGAGGAGGGUGGUGAUGACGAGGCCGUCAUGGUUCACGACAUUGAGGACCAGUUCCGUCUUGUCUGGCUCAAGACCGAGGAGGGUCUCAAGCCUUCCAAGGACGCCUUCAAGUCCCACCUCAAGAGCUACCUCAAGAAGCUCAUGAAGAAGCUUGAGGAGACCGGUGCCAGCGCUGAGUCCAUUGCCGAGUUCAAGUCCAACGCCCCCGCCGCCAUGAAGAAGAUCAUUGCCAACUACGACAACUACGAUGUCCUCAUGGGCGCCUCUAUGGACGGUGAUGCCAUGCACGUCCUGAUUGACUUCCGUGAUGACGGUGUCACUCCCUACGCCACUGUCUGGAAGCACGGCUUCAGGGAGGUCAAGGUCUAA